AUGCCAGAGAUUCGUAGCGAGCCUUUGCCGGCGACGUCAUCAAUUCCAUUCACGCAGCAAUUCGCGUUCGUCGAUGGGCUGAAUAGUCAUCAAGGGCCGGCUAGGAAGAAGACAAGGUCGUUUGUAACGAAACAGCAUUACAGGAAGAAACGGCUUGAUAUGGGGAAGAAAGGGACCGGCGACGUGCGGCAGCCUUCGGAAACUGAAAUUCUUGAUUUCCGAUCGCCGGUCCGUGGACAAGCUUUUGUUUGGGACUCUAAUGAUGAACAGAGGCGGUCGGAGCGGUCGCUUGAUUCAGGUUUGUUCAAGAGGCUAGGUGAGGGACGAGUAGAUCCGUUUGAUUCAUACCCAAUCCCUGCUACAAGAGAUGUGCAUGAGCUUGUGGAUCACUAUUCAUUCGUCAUCCCCUCGCUCGUUCAUAAGCACUGGUCACGAGCCGUGCGACGACCGCGCUCUUGCUGGGACUUGCUGAAGCUGUACCGUAGCGAUGAGGUCCCGUUUCUGGGUAUGCUUCACCAUGCGGCACAUCACCUUGCACGCCUACGUGGCUUGGACAUGACUGUUCAGUCCAUUGAAUUCAAACAGAGAUCGUUGGUCGCUGUGAACAAGAGUCUAAGACGGAAGAAUGGUCCGUGCAAUAAUUCUAUCUUGCUGGGGGUUGGACUGUUGGCAAACGCGGAGCGUCUAUGGGGCGACCGAGAUGUUGCGAGAUUGCACUGGGGAGCAUUAAAGAGGCUCCUGAUCGAAAGGGGUGGGUUUUCUGCUCUGAAAGGUGAGCCGAUUCUGCAUACGAAAAUUGUAUGGAGUUUCAUUGCACUGUCCUGGCCUGCCCAGGACGGCAAUCCAGCAUAUGCCAAUGAAUUCACUCAAGUGCUGGAUAGGCCAUAUGAGAUAUCAAGCAUUUCCAGUUCUGGAUUCGAACAGAGUUGCGAAGAGCUGAUCGAGUUUCUGAAACUCAGGAAAAUGCAGGUAUUGAAAAAUCUCCCGUCCACAGCGCAACAACAAGGUCGCUAUAGAGCUUGCAGAUGGCGUACCACUACCUUCAAAGACGGAACAAGCAUCUUUGCCGCACUAAAACAAGGUGAGACCGGGUACGAGAGUCCUGACAAACGGCGAGCGGUAGAACACUGCCGGAUGGCAUGCUUGAUCUAUCUCAAUCUCAUCAUAGCCGAAUAUGGUGAUCUUUCUGAAGCUACCGAAGAUUACCUACGAGGACUUCGGCAAAUUUCUGAUGACGAGAAUGAUGAUAGCAGUCUCACCGCUGAGCAUCUUUUGUGGACAUUGUUGUCACUGUCACAAGAUGGUGGUCAUUAUGAACGUGUUGGGAAGUUAUGCAGACUCACUGGUGUCCUCAAGAACCUAGGUCAUGAAAUCUGGAUGGAAAUCGGGCAAGCUCUGAGAAUAUUCUUGCAAUUCCCUGAGGACAAUAAGGGGUUGACUGAUAUACUGAUAGGCUGGGCAAGGCACCCCCAGGAGUUCUCCAGACUUGUCACAAGAGCGUGCACAAAACAACAAACAGGCCAUGACCUGGGAGAGAAUAAGGCAAUUGUGUACUCUGCUUCAUGCUCUGAAGACUGUCAGAUAUGUCCAUUGAAGCCUGAUUCGUAUUAG